CCUCCGAAAACCAAAACAUGGUGUUACAUAGAAGUGUGGAGAGAUGAAUGAUUAUGCCACCCACUAUAAGCACAUGCAUUCCCUACCUAGCAAGGUUGGUGUGUCAUUAUAAGGACUUGUGUGUUUCCAUUUCCAACACCCCUCCACACCUCAUAUUCUUCUUGUGACUCAUCAACAUAUGGCAGUGCUAGCUCUUCCUCUUCCUCCACCACUAACCAUGUUCACCCAAUUCCUCAUCUUCCUCCUCCUCUUCAUUUCCACCACAGCUCAAGACACCUUCGUGCGCACACUAGACCGCAAAAUGUUGGGUUUAGAUGAAAAACAAGAAAAGCUGAGUCAUUUCAGAUUCUAUUGGCAUGACGUGUUAAGUGGACAAAAGCCUUCUUCGAUGGAAGUGGUUUCACCAGCCUUGAAGAACUCAAGCACAGGCUUUGGAUUGGUGAACAUGAUUGAGAACCCUUUGACGUUGGAACCCCAAUUGAACUCAAAAUUGGUGGGGAAGGCACAGGGGUUCUAUGCUUCGACAUCACAGAGUGAGGUUACGUUGCUCAUGGCUAUGAAUUUUGCAAUCACUGAAGGAAAGUACAAUGGGAGCACCAUAACCAUUUUGGGGAGGAACCCCAUUUUCAACAAGGAGAGAGAGAUGCCCGUGAUUGGUGGAAGUGGUCUUUUUCGAUUUGCUAGGGGCUAUGCCAAACUUAGGACUCAUUGGUUCUCACCCACCACUAGGGAUGCUAUUGUUGAGUACAAUGUUUAUGUUUUGCAUUAUUGAUACAUAUGCAAUACUACGUUGUCUAUUUAUGGUUUUAUUUCUUUGGCACUAUUUAUAUGUUUCUCAUUUUACAAAAACAAAAUUAUGUGUUUCUUAAUAUUUUCGGCUUUUGGGACAUCAUGGGAAAUUAGGCAUUCCCUCACUUAUGAGUCGAUUCUUCCUUAAAUAAGACCUUAAAUCUUCGUCCGUGCAAAUAAGGAGAUUAUUUUUGUAAUUU